AUGGAGCUUAUCGACCCUGUUGUUGACCAGAGGCACCGCUCCAACUUGCUGGACGGGCAGCUUCUCGCAGCCCUACGUCUUCGUACCCACGACAAGUUGUGGUUACUUGACCACCGCUGGGUUCCACGUCUACGUGCUGCUGGUCUACUUCCGUUUGCACGCCUGGUUGAGCGACACAGGCAUAGGAGUGCGCGUUUUCCAGUGGACCGUGCACUCCUCUCUGCUUGGGUGGACCGCUGGAGACCGGAGACGCACACGUUCCACCUCCCUGUAGGUGAGAUGACCGUCACUCUGCAGGAUGUCGCCAUGCUCUUCGGUCUACCUCUCGACGGUACCCCGAUCGGCCCAGUUGUCGUGCCGGCGGAUUGGGAUGAGCAACUCCUGCACCGUUUCGACGGUGUGUUGCAGCCGGCGGAGGGAGAGCCUGAGCAGUUAGGCUUCCACGACCGCCACGGGCCUCCAAAGGCUUGGUUGUCUCAAUUCCAUGCGGAGAGGCUCACGGACGACGAGGACGACUGGAGGGUGCUGCGACACUUGGAGGCGUACCUGCUUUGGUUGUUUGGUUGGGUACUCUUCACCAGUUCCCACCACGACACCGUCGACAGGCACUUCGUCCACUACGCGGCGCAGAUAGCGUACGCACCACUUGAGGCGAUUCCCCAGUACAGUUGGGGUUCUGCAGUGCUUGCAGCUACGUAUCGGGCUUUGUGUGACGCUUGCACUCGGAGGACUUCGACAGGUACGUUGGCUGGUUGUCCGUUGUUGCUGAUGUUGUGGUCGUUCGAGCGGUUCGACAUCGGUAGGCCGACCCUGUCGUCGUACGAGCCGUACGCCGACGAGGUGUACGUUUUCGACCUGUUUGGUGAGGCCGACGAGCUCGAUGCCCCAACGAUGGGCACACUCUGGUUGUCCCGUGACCCUAGGUGGGCAACAGGCACGGGUAGAGGCACGUACAAUGCGUACGUCGCUGCAUUGGACCAGCUCACAGCUGACAGGGUUCGGUGGACCCCGUACACAGCAGCUGACAUACAUGCCCGUGCUCCGCGUGGCUUGUCGGAGUUGUGCUACCGAGACCAAGAGCUGUGGUGCACGAGGAAACGACUGGUGUUCGACAUCUUCGUCGAGCCAUAUUGUCCAGAGCGGGUGGCACGUCAGUUUGGCCGUGCGCAGGUCUUUCCCCUUCCCCGACUUGAGUUUGACGGGUCCCACGGGCAUUCAAGGAAAGGUCAAGGUAUAGCGUUCGAGCAAUCGUGGGUGGAUAGGAUGGUGCUUUGGGUCAACGCCUGGGCACAGGCUGCCGCCGACGUGCACGACCUUGGUGGGCCAUUCGACGAGGGCACGUACCGAGAGUACUUGCGUUGGUUCCACGGAGCCACACGCGUCCGUUGCUUCCCCGUGCCGGUAGAGGCCGCGCCGCACGAGGCCGAGAUCACCGACACGUUCGUGAUGGAGCCACCAGCUGCUUUCCAUGCGCUGACAGAUAUCUGCAGUGACGUGGGCAACGAGCUGCUUUCGUAUGCCCAGAGGUUUGAGCAGACCCCGCCAACGGUUGGUAGGCUUGAGUUGGUUUCCGCCCUUCGACGACUGGGGCAACGUUGCUUGGCGGGAGUUCGUCGGGCAUCAUGCCGCCAGACCACAGAUGUAGUUGUUGACGUCCACCAGGGUGUGCCUCCACCACCUCCAGUCGUAGGAUCUGGAGGACGUUCUGGUCCUUCCCAGCAGAGGGUUCCAGUCCUAGGUACACGUGCUUCAUGCAGUGACUACACGGAGGGUACUAGCAGCCUAGCCCAUGCCAUGUCGCAGCGCGACGGCGAUGCCAUCGCCAUCGCCGCCCGCCGCCGCGGCGACGAAUCCCUCCCCGGACCCGACACCGGCCCCGCCGGUGGUCAAGUGGCCCGAGGGCGGCGCGCUGACGCGGACUGGGUGGCGGGGCUUGCGUCCACGCUGGACUGGUGCUCACGGCACCUCCCCGCGGACCGCCUCCCGGAGGUGCUCCCGGCCGCGCUGGUCCAGCGCCUGGUCAUGGCCGCCGCCGCCAUCCUGCUCCGCGAGCCCAACCUCGUCCGCGUCGACCCGCGCCCCGGCCAGGCCGUCAUCGUCGUCGGGGACGUCCACGGCCAGCUCCACGACGUCAUCUUCCUGCUCCGCGACGCGGGUUCCCAUCCGAGGACCGCAUCUUUCGUCUUUCAGCGGCGAUUACGCCGAUCAGCGGCGCCUGGGCCUCGAGACCUUCCCUGCUACUACGCGCGUGGAAGGUGCUACUCCCGAAUUGUGUGUUCCUUCUCCGAGGAAACCACGAAUCCAAAUACUGCACGUCAGUAUAUGGUUUCGAGAAGGAGUGAAUGUGAGAUAUUACUUAUUAACAUACUUGAAGUGAGUUACAUGAUUCUAAUUUCUUUUGUGUUAGUGUUCAAUGAUAUGGCUUACUUAGUAUCAAUGGUUAUCUUUGAACUCGGUCAGUUGGUAAUGCUAAUCAUCAGGUCACAUGAAGGUCCAGACGCAAGAGACAAGCGACACGAUCUCUUAGGAAUGGAUAAUGGAUAUACAAUUGAUCACGAAGUAGAAUGUGGGAAACUAAUUACUCUCUUCAGUGCACCAGACUACCCACAAUUUCAGGCUUCAGAGGAGCGGCAUAACAAUCGUGGAGCAUAUAUUGUCCUUAAUCCACCUGAUUUUGCUACCCCUGUUUUCCAUAGCUUUGAAGCUGUAAAGCCUCGACCUGCGGCCCAUCCGUUCUAUGAUUUCGAAGAAGUGAUCGACUCAGAUGAAUAG